UUAUUCUGAUCAUUACCCAUUCUCAAUUUUCUGGAGGGAAAAUAGACGGAGCACACAAUAUAUCAAACACCUUCAUUUCUCUCGCAGAUAACAAGCCAGUUUCUCACUAUGGAUGCUUAUUCUUCUAGCUAUUCUUCUUCCUCUUCCUCACCAAUGUAUAUUUCCCAAUACCCACAUGAAGGAAAGGGCCUAAAGGCAUCGCAAUUGCUUCAUUCGGUUCGUAAGCCCCAGUUGAAGCCAUGGAAGAAACCUAUAGCACCAUUGGCACCAACCCCACCAAGAGUGUACAAGGUCGACCCUAUAAACUUCAAGGAUCUUGUUCAAAAGCUCACCGGUGCACCUGAGCCGUCGCAGCCUCAACAGCGGCUCCAACGUGUGGCGCCUCCUCCGCUUGUUCUUGAUAAAGACAAACCGGCAUUGUUUAGCAGAGAGUUCGCAGCAGCAGCACCUUUGCAGCUCCUUCCUUCCCCUGUGAAAACCCCAUUUUCUGCUUUAUUUCAGGAGUUGAUGUCUGAUACAACUGAUCCCAAACUCAAGAAGAUUUCUGAUAGUGUAGUAGCUUCGCCUUCGCUCGAAUUGAACCUCUUGUCUCCAUCAACCCAUGGCUGGUGUUCUUUUCCUCUUCUGAGUCCUGGAACACUUUCCAGCUUGGAGCAAAGCACAGUCCUUUAAAAUUUAGCUGAAAGCAGCUUUAUUUCUUGCUUCUUUAAGCUUCAAAGAGAUGCAGAAUAGAUCAAACGUCUCUUCUUUUUUAAAUCGUAAGUACGUAUUAAACCAGCUAUUGGCCAUUCACCAGAACCAUCAGCCACAACAGCCGCAAACUACCUAGCUAGUUUACUGCAAUGUGAAGUAAUUAACGUAUGAAAACUACUAGCAUUUAGUGAUUUUUAUUUCAAUAUUUUCUUCUUGUUUUUGUUUGGGUUCAGAAUAUUAGGAAAGAAAAUUACUGUAUAAUAUACCAGCAAGUCUUUUGGGCUGGAGAUAUGUAUAAUUAUUAUAUAUAUGAUGCUUCCAUGAGAACGGUGGUGAAGAA